AUGGUUAAUGUCAUUGAAUGCGCCGAUUCUGUGCUCUAUUCCGCACUGAUUGAGAUUGUCAUACCUUUUGAGAUACAAAGAGACAAAUUGUCGACAUUUCUCAUUAUGUAUAGAAGUCAUUGUCAACGCAUUUUGGACACCUUUGUGGUCGCCAACACCGAUGAAGUCAACAAAUAUUUGUCACAUUUUUGGACAGGAAUUCCGCACCAUUUGAUGGAUUUGUUAGAAAAUGAGUUUAUGGUUAAUGUCAUUGAAUGCGCCGAUUCUGUGCUCUAUUCCGCUAUCGAGGAUGCAUUGAGUCCGAAAUCAUUGUAUGAAUUGCCGGAACAGUUCACACAAGAAUUGAUAAGAAUAUUGAAUUUGAUGCCCAAAUGGAUCGAGCAGUCAAUGGUAGUGCUGUCCACUCAUAUAAUGAACAAAAAGCUGGAAGUAUUGCAACAGUUUUCAGCCGCUAUUAGACGACAGCUUUCAUUCUUACAAUUAGUGAAAAGCUGCAAAAUAGUGAUCCAACAACAGGAAAAUGUUUCGCUUAUGUGUCGCGAAAUCAAAUGCAUAGAAACCCAAGAGAUUUGGUCCCAAAUUGUGACCCUUUUGUCGGACAACAGUGUGUUAACCGAAAGCAUUCAUAAGUCGUUUUGUGAUCUCAUUCAUAGCAUCAGUCAAGACAUCAAUUUUGAAUAUCUCACCGAUUGGGUCAACACUAUUGUCGACAAAUAUGUGGUUAAUGGGAAAUACGCGUGUUUGACAAGUAGGGCGAGUCAACUGGUGUUUGCUCUGGGUACAUACCUAUCCGGAAUAUCCCAAAUCACACCAUCCCUCCCACCUAUAGCUGUAGACAACUGCCAGCAACAGUACAAUGAUAUCAAUCAGUGGAUGUCAUUACAUUGCCAUCAAUGGGAUCAAUAUAGUGAUGAUUAUUUACAGAACUAUUCCUCCACUUCUGCCACAUAUGCAUGGAAUGACUCACAAUAUGUUGAUUGUAUGAACGAUCAGUUUAUGGUCAACACUAACCACACCAUUACAUCCAAUGGCAAUGUCUAUACCUGUCUCUCAUAA